UUUUUUCUAUGCAUCAUAUAAUAUCACUGACUUUAUACAACCCCCUACAACUACUCAACAUGAUCAUUCUCAAUCAGUUUCUUCUAAUAUACUAUAUAAUACUACUGACUCUAUACAACCCCCUACAACUACUCAACAUGAUCAUUCUCAAUUGGUUUCUUCUAAUGCACUAUAUAAAUCUGCUGCUUCUCAAAUACCACCAUAUAAAUUCACUAAUCCUCAACCAACAUCUAAUAACACUAACCCUCAAAAACAACCUAAUAAUACUUGUUAUAACAAUGAUUCAGAUUCAUCUACAAAAAAUAUUUUAA